AUGCAUAGCCACGCGGAGGUUCAGCUUCAGAAUAUCCGCAACAUCGGUAUCAUUGCCCACGUGGAUGCUGGCAAAACUACCACGACGGAGCGCAUGUUGUACUAUAGUGGUGUCACUCAACGGGUGGGAGACGUAGAUUCUGGCAACACCGUCACUGACUUCCUCGAACUGGAACGGGAACGAGGAAUCACCAUUCAGUCCGCAGCCAUCACCUUCAAUUGGCCUCGCCCCCAGAAUCUCCCGCCUGGAACUCAGUCGAAAACUAUCAAUCUGAUUGACACGCCCGGCCAUCAAGACUUCCGUUUCGAGGUCGAUCGAUGCCUGCCAAUUCUAGAUGGCGCUGUAUGUAUUAUUGAUUCGGUCAAGGGCGUUGAAGCCCACACGGAACGAGUAUGGGCCUCGGCACACGAAUUCAAGGUUCCCAGAAUAGUGUACUGCAACAAACUUGACCGUGAGGGCGCAUCUUUUAAGAAGGCUGUCCUCGAGAUUGGGACAAGGCUCAAGGGGUGGCCCCUUGUUUGCCAGAUCCCCUGGUGGGAGAAGGAGGACUUUGUCGGCGUCAUCGAUGUGGUUGAUCGAGUGGGAUAUCGGUGGAAAUCGGAGCGCGAAAAGACCCGUUAUGACUUCCCUGAGCUCCAAAAGAAGCUUUCCAGCUCGAACCAAGACCUUCUGCCUGAAAUUGAGCGAGCGCGACAGGCGUUAAUUGAGGGCCUGGCAGAUUUCGACGACUCCAUUAUGGACGAAUUCCUCGAGGAAAACCAAAAUAUCGAUGGGUCCCUCAUCAAGCAAGCCAUCCGAAGAGCCAUCCGGACCGGCAACGGUCAAGUCAUCCCCGUGUUCGCGGGAUCCAGCUUUCGCCACAUCGGUGUUGAGCCACUGAUGGAUGCCGUCAACGACUAUUUACCAAGCCCUGAGGAACGUCCCUCGGCGGAGGUGCGAGUCGGCUCGACAAAGCAACGCCUUGAUGAUUUACUAGCCGGCAAUAAGGCGGGCAAGUCUAAGAUCGCGUCUAUCGCUUCCGUGUUCAAGGUGUUUAAUCACCCCAAGGAAGGCGUCAUCAGCUAUGUGCGAGUCUAUCACGGCACAAUGUCUAGGAAUGCCUCGAGCUUCAACACCAACAUGUUGAUUAACGAACGGCCGAUGGGCAUUCUUCAGAUUUCUGCAUCCAAAACACAGGAUAUUUCAGAGCUCUCGGUGGGUCAGAUUGGAGCGCUGAGGGGUCUCAAGAAGGCUCGAACCGGAGAUACCCUCAUUACUACUGUGGGUGGCAAGCCUGUUCCUGAGGGAUUCCGGCAUGUACAGAUCCGGCCACCGGAGAUCCCCCCGCCAGUUGCAUUUCUACAGGUUGAACCAUACGGAAACGUCGCUGCCCAGCAGCUCCAAACCGCGCUGGAGAAUACUAGCCGUGAAGAUCCCAGUCUCAGAUGGAGCCGAAACUCCAAGACCGAGCAGUUUACCAUCCAAGGAAUGGGUAAACUCCAUUUAGAUGUGUCGCUGUACAGCAUGAGACAAAAGUACAAGAUUGACGCCGAUUUUGGACCCAUCGAGGUCGACUACAAGGAGUGUGUCACGAUAGCUACUCGACCCCAGCACACCGUGUUCGACCGCCCGAUUGCCGGCAAACCUGGAAAGGCGACUUGUACCGUCACGCUAGAGCCUCUCGAGGAACACCACCGCGAGGCGCUGCUUGAUUCCAGCAUCGAGAGGGACGGCAACGUUUAUCAUAUCUCCGUCCCUCUACCAGGGGACUCGAACUCGUUGCCUUUUGAUGUAGAGGAUGCCGAGCACCAACUCCUUAACGGAGCCAUCGCUGGUUUAGCCAGGGGUCCACGACGAGCUGCACCGAUCCAUGGAUGCCUUGUUACCAUCACACUAGACACAUCACCGGGCGCAUGUGAAACCCCCACUGGAGGACACUUCAGCAGUGUUGCCAGGACAGCAGUGCAGGCUGCUCUCAGGGAUGCGUUCGAAAGAGAGCAGAUCAGCAUCCUCGAGCCCAUCAUGCUCGCUCACAUCACAUGCCCAGAGGUCACAGCCGGAACUGUCCAACACGACGUGACCGCGGGAGCUGGUGGCCAGGUCCUGGAGGUCAACGACCGGUCUGCCGAGUCGACUGGCGACGACCAUAUCGAUGUUACCAAAAUAUACACCCCACCCGAUCCAUAUGAUUCGGUGACAUCGUUGCGCGGCAAAAAGUCAACGGCUCGGAUGGUGGAGAUUGUGGCCAAGGUACCGUACAAGGAGAUGCUAGACUACGAUAACCACCUGCGUAGUAAAACAGCAGGCCGACAUUCGAUGACGAUGUCGUUUGACUCGUUUGCCAAGGUGGUAGGCCACCGAGAGAAGGGGCUAUGA